AUGCGCCUGGUCACACAAGUUCUGAAAUAGGAUAGGAUGGACAUUCCCCUCUCCUAUAUCAAACCCAUCUACCCUCCCAGAAUAAUCACCCACGACCACCCCGAAGACGAAGACCCCUCCAUCCAAGAAACCCUCGAAAACCUGCACCUCCAACCGCACCCCGAGGGCGGCUAUUUCGUAGAGACCGACCGAGAUCCUCACCACGUGCUCAACCCCUUCCGGUCUCGCACCCCCAACGCAGAGGUAGGGAGUGACGCGACGCGACCAGCCAGCACGACGAUAUUCUAUUUCCUCACGCCGCACGCCCCGCUAGGCGCCUUCCACCGCAACCGAGCGCGGACGAUCCAUACCUGGCAUCGGGGCCGGGGACGGUACGUGGUGAUCCACGCGGACGAGGCGAGCAAUAAUCCAAAAGAAGACCUGGGCAGGGCCAAGGCGCCCAUCGGGUCCUUUGUCGUCGGCCCGGAUGUGGCACGAGGGGAGCGCAUGCAGUGGGUGGUAGAAGGCGGCAAAUACAAGUCCAGUUUCCUACUCCCCGACGCGCCUAUAGAUGAUGCCGAGGAUGGCACCGAUCGGGGCUCGAGAGGGUUGUUGAUUGCUGAGGUGGUGGUCCCCGGCUUCGAAUCCGCAGACCAUGAUUUCCUGCGCCGAGAACAGAUGGACCAGCUUCUCACGUCUGAUCAAACCCGGGAACUGAACUGGAUGCUCAAGAGCUGA